AGAGGGAGCAGGGUAGAGAGUGAGGGUCUCACACGACAGCAGUCGAGACCUCAUCACACCACUUAACAUCUUACUGAGAGGUCAAUGUAUGAAGCCUGAGAGAGACUGUACUGUACCAAGAAACUACAACUCCCAAGAUGCAGUGGAGCAAGUGGGUUGGCAGCUGGAAAUCACACCUACCAAGACAGCCCUCGGGACCCGGGCAGGAUGACUCCUUUGACUUCCUGUUCAAGAUCAUCCUAGUUGGUGACUCAGACGUGGGAAAGACCUGCGUGGUCCAGAGCUUCAAGUCUGGGAUGUUUUCAGAAAAACAGCAGAACACCAUUGGGGUGGACUUUACUGUUCGCACCAUGAAUAUUGAUGGCAAGAAAGUGAAGUUGCAGGUGUGGGACACAGCAGGGCAGGAACGAUUUCGCACCAUCACCCAGAGUUACUACCGCAGCGCUCAUGGAGCCAUGGUGGCCUAUGACAUCACACGCCGCACCACCUUUGAAUCUGUGACUAACUGGAUCAAUGAAGUGCAGCAGUACGGGGCAGCCGGCGUGGUGCUCAUCCUCAUUGGUAACAAGUCAGACCUGGAGUCCCGAAGACAGGUGCUUUUUGAGGAUGCAUGCACCCUGGCGGAGGAGAGGGGAGCGCUGGCCGCCCUAGAGACCUCAGCCAAGCAGGCUCAGAAUGUCGAAGCUGCCUUCAGUCUGAUGGCCCGGGAGCUGCUAGCACGCAACGGCAUGACCGUGACUGACGAACCUUCCCAGGCCCUGCCGCACUUCCUGCUCGGCACCAACUCUCAUCCAAUCCACGGCCCUGUUUCAUCAGAUAAGAAGUCAUGUGAUUGUAAAGGAGCCUAAGGAGGAGAUGAAAGGAAUGAGAAGGAUGGUUGGUGAGACUGAUGGCUGACCAGUCAAUCUAAACGUGUAGUUCCCGAGAGCAGGGGGAGAGGAGGGAAGCUGUGCUACAGAAACUGUAUGUGUGAGGCUGUAUGUUGGGAUUAAGACCAAUACAAUGUAGUAAAACAUUUCUCUGUUGAAAGUGACUAUCAGUGUUAGUUAGUGACGUGAUAUGCAGUAGUACUUUUCACAAUAAUCACGGCCAGUAAGACUCAUAAUAUUUUAUCAAAGUUUAAUGAAUGA